AUGGGUGACCGAGGCAGAAAAUUAGUGCAACUAGCCUGCGGUAACAGGCUUGAAACAGACAAUGACUCCUCCGAUCUUAAUGAAUCGCAAAUUGAUAUCGCCGCCCAAAUGCACAAUAUUGUCACCGAUGAUAAUAAUAUUACGGCAGACUCAAAUGAUGAAAGUAAUUUAUUUGGCAGUGACUAUUCGGAUGAAGAUCCCACUUACGUGCCAGAUCCUAAGGACUAUUCACCAAAGCAAAUAGAUUCCGACUCUGAUAUUAUUCCUGAAAGUCCGAAUGCUUUCUCCAAACAGGAAGACUUUUUUAUGGUGCUGAUUGAUGAAGUUUUAGAUCGAGUUUGGAUUUCUGUAGGUGACUACUCAGCAGCAGCUUAUGUUCAAGAUUCAGAUUCAGAAAACGAUACACCUCAGCAAAAUGAUUCCGGCCGUGAUAUUAUUAUUCCUGAAACUCCCAGCCCAUGCAAACAGCAGAAACGUUCCUUGUCCAUAUUUAACAACGUUUGUAUUUCUGGAGAAGGUGAAUGCAUAGAAAGAGCUUCUUCUUAUGUUCCAGAUUCAGAGGACGACCCAUUAAAAGUAUUAUAUCCAACUGACUCUAGCUGCAAUGACAGUAUGAUCCCUGAAAGUUCAGGUGUUCGUUCACAAGUGGAAGACACUGUUUACUUUAUUGUAGACAAUAUUUUAGACAGAAUUUGGAGUCGUGUCAAACCCUUGAAGCGACGUAAGCAAGCUAAGCCAUCUGAAUGGAAAAUAAAUAUCGCCAAAAAACGAAAAAUGGAAGGGCUACCUUAUGUGACCCAAGGCAUUAAGCGUCCUGCUAAAGUUCCAAAGCCUAUUGAAUGUGAUAAAUGCCAAUUCAAAUGUACUGAAAAGUUUUCCGAAGAAGAACGUAGCAGUUUGUGCCGUUAUUUCUACAGUAUGGAUUUCCGGGCAAGAAAGAACUUUAUUCUUUCUUGCAUAAAAAUUCAGCCUGUUAAAACUAGAAAAGUACAGAAGGCAUCUAAUAAAAAGGAGCGUUCAUAUAGUAAAAAAUGUUUCUUUCAAAAAGGCAAUGACGAAAUCCAAGUUUGUCAAAAUUUUUUCCUGACUACAUUGUGCAUUAGUGUAGAUGUCAUCUCCGAUGCUGUAAACAAAAAAGAUUCAUUAGGAUUGUAUGUCGAGGAUGAUAAACGUGGCAAGAAAAGCCCACCAAAUAAAACUAAAAUAGAAGAUGUUAAACGGGUCCAGGAUCACAUAGAGAGCUUUCCUGUAAUGGAUUCUCAUUACUGCCGUAAAGACAGUAAGAAGAAAUACCUUUACCCUGACGCUAAAUCGGUUAAAAACAUGUAUAGAUUGUAUGAAGAUUCAUGUAAAGAGACUAAUAAAAAGCCGGUUUCAGAGUCAAAGUACCGUGAUAUUUUUAAUGAAGAAUACAAUUACAGCUUUUUCAGUCCGAAAAAAGAUCUCUGUAACGUUUGCUCAAAGUAUGAAAAAGCUCUGUCGAUAGAAGAGCUAGAAGAUGAUUACCAACAGCAUGUACAACGGAAGACGGUCUGUCAAAAUGCUAAAGACGCUGACAAAGCUCGUGCUAAUGUAGAUAAAACGUUUAUGUCAAUAACUAUGGACUUACAGGCAGUUUUGCAAAUACCUAAUGGCGGGGAAAGUCUACUAUAUUACAUGAGAAAAUUAGUUCUCUUCAAUUUUACCAUUUAUGAAGCCAGUCUCCCAAAUAAUGCUUACUGUCUUUGCUGGAGUGAAAUAAAUGGUAAUAAAGGCAGUUGUGAAAUUGGAACUUGCCUUUUCUACUACUUGUCUGAAUUGCCUAAAACCGUGACAGAAUUAAGCAUUUUUUCGGAUACGUGCAGCGGCCAAAACCGAAAUCAAUAUAUUUCCGCUCUCUUACUCUGGGCAGUACAAAAGAUAGACCACCUACAAAUAAUUGAGCAAAAGUUUCUCGAAAGUGGGCAUAGCCAAAUGGAAGUGGAUUCGAUGCAUGCAGCUAUUGAACACGCAUCGAAAAACUUAUCUAUCAAUAGCGUUUCUGACUGGAAAAAUGUCUUUAGAUUUGCUAGAAAUAAAAAAACAAAAAUCGUUACCACUGGCGAAGAAAAGAAAAAAAUCGAAAUCGAUAGCUAUAAAGUGAAAGAGUUUAAAUAUAACGAAAUAUUAGAUUUAAAAAAACUAAAUGCUGCCAUAAUAAAUAAUAGAACCAAUGAUACCACGAAUGAGGCCGUGAACUGGCUGAAAAUUAAAAGGAUUAGGUACGUGAAAGGAGAUUUCAAAAUUUACUUCAAUUACGACAUGUCCGAGGAUUUUCGUCAGUUAGAUGUUUCGAGACAAAAGCCAAAUACAGCUAGAACAAGAGCUAAGAGACAGUCUAACCCACCAUCAGUUGCAAUGCCAUGGCCAGAAGAGUUAGAGCUAAGAUACAGUAGUCAGUUACCUAUAAGCAUUGCUAAAAAAAAAGAUUUAGAGACCAUGUGCAGGAAACAAAUUAUACCUGAGGAGUAUCAUGGAUGGAUAAGAAGCCUAAAAACAUUUGCCGGGAAAGCACCAAAUAAUUCAGAUUCUGAUGAAGAAUAA